CGUUCAUUUUAUGAAAUGAUAAUUAUUGAUAGGUGACGCACGCGUUUUCAAUAGAAGCUCCUAUUUCUCUUAAUAUUUCCAGAGUACCUUAUGUGAAUUAAUUUUCCCGAAAACUGAAUUUUGCGAAAAGGAAAUUUAAUGAUUUUUUUGCUUUAAAUUUAUACUUUUUUACAAGUGCGUUUACGUAGAUGACAUAAAAAUUGCUGAAGUAAAGUUUUCAUACCAGUUGUGUAGAGUGGUGGAUAAAUGUGGUAGAUAAAUGUGAAAAAAGAAGCAUAAAAUCGUUUCAAAGAAGGUAUAAAAGAUCUAAAUAACGAAUUACUUUAUAAUUUAACGGGGAGAAAUUUUUGCGAAAUUGACAAAAACUCUCGAAAUGUGCGAAAAUUAAUUCGCUCAAGGUGUUAUUUUUCUCAAAUGAGUAAGUCAGCAAGAAAGAUUGUAAAAGUAAAUUUAGCUAGAGUAUCGUAGAGUAGAGUAUCGUAGAGGAGAGGAGAGCUAGAUCGUACUUUCAACUUCCUAAAAGUGACCUAAAUUGGUUUUAAAAUCAAAAACGAAAUUUACGCGGCAAGAUAUUGAAUGAAACUAUGCGAAAACCGAAAACAUUGUGUUUUGAAAAUCAGUUCCAGUUGAAUGCAUACAAGCAGUUUAGCAUAGCAGCAUCAAAAAAAUUAUGCUGCAAGAGCUAACAUGAUGCAUGUUUCUGCAGCGAAAGUGGUGAUGAGAGGUUUUGCAAACAUUUUGUUCUGCUUCAGCUAAACGAAAAGAUGCAAAAUAGAAAGAAUGCUUAGUAGAAAGAAAAAUUUAACAGCGAAGACAUCUGUCAGAAGAAGGGGCGUGACACCACGUGAGAAGAAUGGAACGUCUAAAGAUCUCAAAGUAGGAAAAGAUUCAGGUCGUGUGAAAGUGUUUGUGAGAGUUCGCCCGUUCUCAAAGGAAGAAAAAUCAAGAAAGGAUGCUUAUCCAUACGAAAUAUCUGAGAACGAAGGCCAGUUCAAAGUUCUAUCUGACGAAAAAGGACAUGCUGAAAAGACGUACGCAUUCGAUCACGUGUUUCCACCAGAUAAAACGAAUGCUGAGGUUUGCAAGACGCUUACUAGACCACUAGUUCAAUCUGCUUUAAAUGGAUUCAAUGGAACAUUGAUGGCUUAUGGUCAGACAGGAGCUGGGAAAACUUACACGUUGAUGUCUGAUACUGGUAUCACAAAGAGUAUGAUCGAUAGUUGCUUUAACCAUAUUCAAGAUGAUUUGAAACAUAAUUAUAAGGUGACUGUUUCUUAUUUGCAAAUAUAUCAAGAGAAAAUUUAUGAUUUAUUGGAUAACAAUAAUCAUAAAAUGGAAUUGACAAUACGAGAAAAUCCCAGAACAGGAGUUUACGUGGAGAAUUUAUCUGAUUAUGUUGUCCGCACACCAACUGAAGUUUUGCAAUUCCUAAACGCGGGAAAAAAACGACUAGUUUUUGCUGAAACGAAAAUGAAUCGAACAUCCAGUCGAUCUCAUGCUGUGUUGCAAAUGUUGAUUGAACGGACAUUGAAAGAGGAGUAUGAAGGCAUAACAGAAGAGGAAAAGAAGACGACGAAUCCAGAUUCAUCAAUGGAUGAGGAAUUUUCAUUGGAUUUAAAUUCUUUUGGUAAAGAUGUCAUUAUCAGAGGGAAACUUUACAUAUGUGACUUGGCUGGCAGUGAACGAAUAAAACGUACUGGUGCAUCAGGCGACCGAUUAAGCGAGGCACAACAUAUUAACUCUUCUCUACUGGAGCUAGGAAAUGUUAUACAAGCGUUAGCCGAUAAAAAGACGAAACAUGUUCCAUUUCGAAAUUCUGUGCUGACGCGAUUAUUGCAAGAAAGUUUAGGUGGCAAUUGUAAAACUAGCCUUAUUGUUUGUGUAUCACCAUCAAUUCGAGAUUCACAAGAAACAAAAUGUACGUUGAAUUUUGGAUCACGAGCAAUGAAAGUGACCAACACAGCAUAUGUUAACAUGGAAGUUGAUUACAAAAGUUUGUCUGACCAACUAUUGAAACAGCUGGAAGCUAAAGAAUCGCAAAUUCACAAGAUGAAACAAACAUGCGACGAAACUGUCCAGAGAGAAUGUGCUGACCUGGUUAAAAAAUUGGAACAUGCGCAGAAUGAAUCUGAAUCUUUACAGAAUAUGUUAAACCAAACACAUGUGGAUGAGUUGCAAGCGCUACAAGAUCAAAUUUAUCUCCUUAAUAACGAAGUCACAAUAAAGAGUGAACAAUUGAAGCGAAUGGAAGAAUCCUUAUGUGUUAUUGAUGACGAUAUCAAGAGAGAUAAAAAAGUUGCAAAAUUGUUUAUCCAAACGCGAGAAGAACUUGCAAAGAAAUUAGAAAACAAAACUGAUAUUUCCAUUCUGUCAAAUACAUUGAACACAUAUGUUGACGAUUUGCAGAACAAAGUUACGUUGACCGAACAUGGUGUUGUGGAGUACCUUCUUAAACUGCAGGAAGAUAUAUCAAAAUUGUCGCAUACCAGCAAUAACAUCAAGGACAUGGACCAAUUAUUAGCUGAGUUAAAAGCCCGCCUCGAUGCAAUGGCGCAACAGAUUGGUAUGGACAGCCUUGAUGGGUUAACUGAUAAUGAUUUUCAGAUGGUGAGGUACAAACAUUUCUUAAAAAUCAUUUUACAGCAGCUUCAUAUGACAACACAAAACUGUUUGUUAAAACAAGAAAUGCAAAAAAUAACAAAUGAAAAUCAUGAUUUGAUAACACAAAUACAAAAUAAUGAAAAGAUAGAGAAAGAGAAGAAACUUAUCGUCAAGGACCUCGAUGUCGUCGAUUCAGUGAAACUUACAGCUUCGAGGGCUGUUCAAACGGAGAGCGAAAACGUUGUCUCAAAAGCAGGUGGACGAAAGCUGGUAGGAACCACGGUCGAAGACGAGGAAAAGGUGGUGACUGAGAUUCAAACUGAAAAUGUGGUGGAGAAUCCUGACAUUAUGAAAGCACGCGAUGUAUUUUCUGGUUUUAGUCACACCCUGGAUAGAAUUGAAACACUGGUUAAAAACGAUCGGAAAUCGAAAAACUUUGACUCAAUAGCUUCGCGAUUUGGUUUAACCUCCUAUUUACGCGAUGAUGAUCCGAUAAUGAAAAGAAGUGUCUCUACUUACGAGUACAAAUCCGAUGAUUCGUUUAGUCCAUUAAAAUUUGGUGCUUCAUCAUACAAGUCGUUCUCUGGUAGCUCCAAUAAGUUGAAUACUAUCGAUAGUUUCGAAUCAAAGUAUUCUUCAACUGCUCGUGCAGCGAGUCCACUAUAUCGAUCGAGCAAAUACGAUUUCAAUCGUAGCUAUGGAGGAUCUUCUUUUGAAUACAAUAGCCCAAUUAAAAGUGCAACAUCCUUUGAUAAUAUUGCUACUGACACACAUUUCAGCAGUAGUUUGUCUGUUAUGGGUGAUCGACCAUGUCUAUCGUGUGGUACCAAAUCAUCCCAACACAAUGAAGAGAAAUUGAAAACCAUUGAAUCCGAUAAGAAGAAUCUUGAAAAAAAAUGUCUCACACUUAAAAGUACAAUCGACAAGUUGAAGCAGGAGAACGAAGAAUACACUUUGUUAAUCGAACAAUUAACACGCGUUUAUCCUAACGAUAACAAAGUGCACGAAAUAAAACGCAAGUUGCGCACGAAACCAGUAAGAAUCGAUGGUGCGACACAAACGUUUGAUUACGAAAGUAACGGGAAGAAGGCGAAAGAUUAUAACGGCGUCAAAGUAGCUCAUAUAAAACCAUUGCCGUCGGAUACAAGUCGUCCAUAUUCGUCGAUGCUUUCAGAGAGAAGUCACACUUAUUCGCCGACGAAUAUCAACGUCACCUACGACAUGAAUGAAAAUAGUGUUGUGCAACAAAUCGACAGUACACAGGGCAGUUACUCUUCACACAACCCGUACAAGUCGCCGUCAACAACUGGGUAUAGAUCAAACUCCAACCCAAGUAGUCCAUACAACCGAAGAAGAUAUGAGAUUCCGACGAGUCCUCUGUCAUACCGUAAAAAUGACAGUGUUGCAUCACGUGGUUCAAACCUUAUUGAAUUUAGUCCAGUGGAGGACAAAAGCGCAGAUAAAACGUACGCCCAACGAAAUGUUGGCUCGCCCACAAAUUACAGCUCUUCUGUUUUCGACAGGCUAAGAAAGAGUGAUAAAUACAGUGAACAGACAACUAACAGAAGCAGACCCCAGACGUGGUAUGGGUUCUCUCCUGAUGCAAAAGAAGCUUCGUAUACAUCUCAAUAUUCAGGAGACGGAAGCAGCAGAGGAAAACAAAGUGAGAAAUGUUUAAACCUCCCGUCUCGAGAUCAUAACACUGCUGGUGAUGUCAUAUUUUCGUCGAACACGAGAAGAAGUUCAUGGUCUAUACCUGACUGGAUGAAAACAAAAAAGAAACAACAAGGACAUGUCCGACAGUUUAUUCAAUGAAGAGAAAAACAAACAUUAGAUUAUUGUUGAUCUGUUUAAUUCGAAUAUCUCCGUAAUCGGAACAAAUUUAA